AUGUCAGUUGCCGAGACCGUGUGUGAUGUCAGCUGUAAAAUUAUUAAACUGACCAAAAAAUCGUUGACUCUGUUGAAGACCGAUGACGAGAUCAACAGACACAUCAAAAUUAUAAAUAAAAAUAUCGGUGUAUUAAACGAGGCCAUCAAAAUUAAAAUUCACAAGAUUGAUAAGAACGAGAAUAUAUUCCGUUUGGAAAACAAUUUGGCGGUGCUGAAAUAUUAUCGUGAACAGCUAAAACAACUGAAAAUUAAAAAUAAAGUGUCCGGAGGUUCGGUAGUGCGUCCCAACAAGAAGAAUUUGGUGUGGCAAGAUGUGAAAUCGUGCUUCAAGAGUCGUGUGCGGUCGGGAAUCAUCGUGAACGUUAGUCUCAAGGAACCUAAACAGUUUCUAAAAAAAUCAUUUCGUAGUUUUUCUAUAAAAGCGAAGAAUGCUUUAAAAGACUCGUUAAUUAAAGUAAAUUUAGUUUUUGAAGGAAAUUUCGUAAAAUUAAAUGACGGGGAAGUAGAUUUAAAAUCAUUCGGGACAAAAAACGAAAUUAUUGACCGCAGUACAAAUAUAAAACAGUGGUGGGAAGACAAUGUUGUUCAACCUAUACUACACAAACUAGAAAACUUUGAACAUCGUAAUAGCGGCUGGACUUUGUUGGAAAUUAUCGGGUUACGUGUAAAUAUAAAUAAUUAUUCACCGAUUACCGUGGGCUCGUCAACGUACGUUGAGAUGCCCGAGUUUAUUAAAAACAAAACGUGUGUUGUUAACGUAAAGAAUAAUGAUGAAUAUUGUGUUUUAUGGAGCAUAGUCUCUGCUCUACAUCCAGCUAAAGCACAUAUAUAUAGAACUUCAUCAUAUCCCGAUUUUCGUGACAUAUUAAAAUUUGACGACAUAGAAUUUCCUAUAACUUUGAAACAAAUUCCAAAAUUAGAGCGUCUAAAUAACUUGGCAAUUAAUGUGUACGGCAUUGAUAAGAAGGAAGUCCUACCGGUAUGCUUGAGUAAAAACGAUAGCAAACGAGUUAUAAAUUUACUAAUGGUCCCGGCAUAUUCGGUUCAAGACAGCGACAACGAUGACGAUGAAGCACCUGUUUAUCACUUUGCGUGGAUAAAAAACAUGUCGCGUUUAUUAUCCAAACAAAUAUCUAAACAUAAGACUAAAAAACACAUCUGCAAUCGUUGUCUUAAUCAUUUCACAGAGCAGCGUCUUUUAGAUGAUCACAUAAUAUAUUGCAAUUAUAAAACAAAUACUUGCAAAGUAGAACUACCAGGUGAGCAAGAAAAAUUUUUACAGUUUAAAAAUUAUCGUUUCAAAGAGAGGGUACCGUUCGCCGUUUAUGCAGAUUUUGAAUGCAUUUUGGAACCGUGUGACGAGAACAACGAUCUAAAUUUAAAUACUCGAAAUGUACAAAAACAUACCGCGUUUAGUGUCGCCUAUUAUCUUAAAUGUUCAUAUGAUGAUAGUCUCUCGCGUUUUAAAUUGUAUCGGGGUAGUGAUUGCCAGGAGUGGUUCGUCCGGGAACUUGAACAUAUUGCCGACGAGGUGAAUAACAUCCUAUCUCACCCGAAGCCCAUGGAGCCUUUGACUGCCGCGCAAAAAUUCGAACAUGACAACGCGAAAUUUUGUCACAUUUGCGAAAAACCGUUUACCAGUUUCGAUAUCAAAAUUAUGGACCAUUCACAUCUAAAUUCAGUUUACCGGGGGCCUUGUCAUAAUUCUUGUAACUUAAAUUAUACAGACAGUCACGUUAUACCGGUCGUUUUUCAUUGCUUGUCUUCUUACGACAGUCACUUAAUCAUACGUCACUUGGCUACGUCAUUUGAGGGCAACAUUUCACUUUUACCAAUAAAUAAGGAAAAAUAUAUUUCCUUCACAAAAGAUGUAAAGGAUACCAGAAUCAAAUUGAGAUUUAUAGAUUCUUUCCGGUUUAUGGCUGACAAAUUUGAAAAAUUGGCCUCAUACCUCGACGACAGCCAAAAAAGAAUCACUAAAUCUCAUUGUGAUUCGGAGGAGACUGUUCGUCUUUUGACCAGGAAAGGUGUUUUUCCUUACGAUUAUCUAAAUUCGUGGGAAAAAUUAAAUGACGCAACAUUACCGACUAAAGACGAUUUUUAUAAUAAACUGACUGACGAAGCUAUUUCAGACAGCGAGUACGAGCACGCUACAAAUGUCUGGAAUACAUUUAAUAUUCAAAAUUUGGGGGAAUAUUCGGACUUGUACCUGAAAACUGACGUUCUACUUUUGGCUGAUAUUUUCGAAAAUUUCCGUGAAAAUUGUCUAAAAACUUACGGUCUUGAGCCUUUACAUUAUUACACCUCCCCCGGUCUGGCCUUUGAUUCCAUGCUCAAAAUUACUAAACAGACAUUAGAAUUACUGACGGACAUUGACAAAGUUUUAAUUAUCGAGAAGGGGAUCCGAGGUGGCGUAGCCCAAGUGUCGAACCGGUACUCAAAGGCUAACAACAAGUACAUGGGUGAGGCAUACAAUCCGGACGAACCCGAUAAGUACAUCAUGUACUAUGAUGUAAAUAACUUAUACGGCGCGGCGAUGUCUCUUCCCCUUCCAACCGGGGGAUUCGAGUGGGUACCCGUCGAUCAAUUCUACAACUUGAAUAUAACCGAUUUAGCAGAUGAUGCUGAAAUCGGUUAUAUUUUAGAAGUGGACAUUGAGUACCCGCCCGAACUUCAUGAACUCCACAAAGACUUACCCCUGUGCCCGGAACAAAUGGUUCCCCCAGGAGGCAAACAAUCAAAAUUACUGACAACACUUUUUUCGAAAACCGGUUACGUUAUCCAUUACAGACAAUUGAAACGGUGUAUUGAGCGGGGAUUAAAGAUUACUAAAGUACACAAAAUUCUUAAAUUCAACCAAUCGGCUUGGUUACAAAAAUACAUAAAUUUAAAUACGGAUUUACGGAAACAGGCGACUAACGAAUUUGAGAAAAAUUUCUAUAAAUUAAUGAAUAAUUCUGUCUUUGGUAAAACCAUGGAAAAUGUGCGAAAACAUAAAGACGUUAAACUGGUCACACAAUGGGAGGGUCGAUAUGGGGCAAAAAAUUUGAUCGCGAAACCAAAUUUUCACAGUUUAACAAUUUUCGAUGAAGACAUGGUUAUAGUAGAGAUGAACAGACUCAAAAUUAAGUUCAACAAGCCGAUUUAUGUUGGAUUUAGUAUUCUGGACCUUUCCAAAAUUAUACUUUACGAUUUCCAUUACGAUUAUAUUAAACAAAAUUUCGGCAAUCAGGCUAAAUUAUUGUACACGGACACUGACAGUUUAAUAUACGAAUUCACGGACAUUGACAUUUACGAGAGCAUGAAGAGAGACAUCCAGCUGUUUGAUACAUCAGACUACCCCGAAGAUAAUGCGUACGGUAUGCCUCGCGUCAACAAAAAAGUACUAGGUCUUAUGAAAGAUGAAAGCUGUGGGAGAAUAGUUACCGAGUAUGCCGGGCUCAGAGCUAAAAUGUACUCGUAUAAAGUCGAGGGAAAACCCUCAAAUAUGCGUAUCAAAGGACUUACUCGAUCAGCCGUAAAACACAUUACUUUCGAAGAUUUCACGAAUUGCCUAUUUAAUCAAAACACACUGGUUAAAGAGCAGAGACUUAUACGUUCCAAACAUCACGAUUUAUAUACAAUUAAACAAAAUAAAUUGGCUCUCAGUCCGUACGAUGACAAGCGCAUAAUAAAUUACGUCACCACAGACACGAUCCCGUGGGGAUAUAAUUUCCAACAAGCAGCGACUUGUUCGACCACUCCCAUGGAGUUCUAAGUCGAAAUAAAUAGCGCGAUAUAGUAAACGUUGACAUCAUUCGUCUUUCUACCGUUGUUCGCGAUGGCCGACUUAGACAUUCAAUUGCAAUACGAACUUGUUAAAAUUUCACAAAAGACUUACGAAGAUUUCCUUCAAAAAGCCAUUUUUGACGAUAAUUUUCAAUUAAUUGACAAAAUUCUGGAAAAAAUCGUGAUUCCCGACCGUGCAAUAUAUUGGCUAGCUUUGCGCGAUAAAUGUAACAUCGGGUUGAUGAAAAAAAUCUUUGCCAAAAAACUUCAAUACGAUAUAUUUAUCGAACAACUGCAAAAUAUUUUCCAAAAGGAAUAUAUGUCUCAUAUUAGCCUCGAUAUUUUACGUCAAAUUAUAAAGAGUCAUUAUCCAAUAUUAAAUUCAUUUAAUCGGUAUUAUUUGGAAAAAUUAUUGGUCAACGGUGAUCCGUCAUUGGUCGAUCGACAUAGUCAAUGUUUCUCGGCAAAAAAUAUUUUUCUAAAUUACAAAGAAAUCGAUUGGUCAAUAGAUAAGGCCGUUUGUGAGGCCGCCUACUUUACUCAAUAUAAUUUUUUGGAAACUUUGCACCGGGCAGCUGAUGGUAUGGCUCCAGGAGAACGUCUCCAAGGGUACCAAUGGUCAAGGUGUUGGAUGGUCAUCUGGCCCAGACAGCAGCAAAUGGCCAUCAAAAUUAGUUGGAGAUUAUUCUCAGACAUUAUAUAUGUUAAAUAAAUAUUAUUUGUAAAUAUUUUUUUUGUUAUUGUAUUGUAUAUAGAUAUUGUUUUUU